GCUAGUAAGGGUUUUGCAAGAGCAGUGCCCAUGGCUUCGAAGAUAGCGCUCCGCGCACUUCCCGCACUUGUCUGCCUUAUCUUUGUGACCUACUUGCCGCGAAACACUGUUGCUAGGGUCCUUCUUCAGCAGGCGACAAACUCGAGCCUUGCCCUGGGCGGACCUGCGUCUGAAGGCAUUCAGGGCUACCUGCUUGUCAUUGAUGGCGAAACACAGGGCCAGGUGACAGUCCUCGACCUGGCGAGUGGAUCAGUCAACGACACACUCCAGCUGGCAGACUCGUACGCUUCUGGCUUUACCACCAGUAGCGGUCGCUACGCCAUCUUCCUGCAGUAUGACGGAAACCUGACGUCAGUCUACGACAGCAACUACGAGAUAGGCUUUGACCAAGGGGCAUGGUCCAUCGAGCAGACUGCGACACCGGGUCUGAGUGACUUCGCCCUCGAUGUGACGUCACCAAGCAACUUUGCCACGCUUGGGCCUAUCACAGCAAUCUUUUUUGACGAAGAGGGGCGAGCUUGCAUCAUUGACGAGAGGCAGCUUGGCAACGCCUCCUACUCGCCCACGUUCAUCAAAAGCGACCGACAGCACGGGUUCGUUGCGCCCCUGUCAGAAGACUUUUUCGCCAUUGGUUACGUUAACCAGUCUGCCAUUAACGACGAGGAAGUCGCCUUGGCUCAAGGCGUUCAGGUAUACAACACGGACGGGACCGUUGUGUACAACCGCUCCAGAACUGCUUGCCCCGAACUUCAUGGAACUGCGACCAACGGCAAAGAUGCUCUUUUCGCCUGCAACGGCUCGGUACUCGUGAUAUCAUACACAGCCCCGGACAACUUCACCCACAAGAGCAUCCCCUUGCCUCUGAACGUCCGCGCUUACGAGGUCAUUGGUAGCGGCAAGUUCUCGACCUUCUUUGGGGUCUCUUACGGCGCGCCUCCUGACUACCUCUCGAUCGGGAUCCACUUCUUUGAUCCAGCGGCUGGGGAGGCUCGACUUGUGGUCAAUGCAACGACCGAGGGGGAAGUCAUCAACGCAGUUCUUGAUCCGGCGGGCGAUCUGCUGGCUGUGCUAACGGCGGGCGAGAACGGGACCCUGAUCACUCUGAACCCCAGAACGGGGGCCGAAAUGCGUCGCGUGACCGGCGUUCUGAGCGGCGAUCUUUCGACGGCGUUCGAUACUUCUGAUGACGUCUGGCCCGCGGUGCAAGUCGGGCUGGGGAGGCUGUUCGUGAUGAUCCCCAAGAAGGCAGCGGUCGAGGAGUACCACCAGGACACGCUCGAGGUCCUGCGGACGUUCAACGUCGGAGGAGCGCCGUCGUCCGCCGUUGUACUGGGGCCCAUCAAGUACUGGGACAAUUUUGCUCAGCAUUAGCUAGGCCAGUUGGGCUGCAGGAUUUAGCCUAGUGGGCUAAUUGGAAAUUCAGGAUGGUGGAGGGGCCGACUUCAUUUUGAUAACUGGGCCCCAUCAAGUAUUGGGGAAAAACCUGCUCAGCAUUAGAGUCGUUGCGCACUAGAGCCGUUGCGGUGUCGUUCCCGGAUGUUGCUAGACUUGUAGCACCGUGGAGGUUGUCGAGUGAAAGGUGUCGUUCCGGCCCGACAGAUGUUGCUAGACUUUAGCCCCGUAGUGGGUCGAGUGACCGAUGUAAGCCCUUUCUUUCUUGGGCAGUACGUACGUAUACGCUGAUCGAGAGAUAUCCAAGAGGGUUGCUAAGCUAGCGCCCAUUGAUUC